AUGGGGUUUCAGAACUCUAUAUCCCAGAGUGCCUUGCCCAUGGCCAUCCAGGAAAGGGAACAGCUGCCAGCCUAUCCCGACAAGGAGACAGGCAGACGGACAGACGGCAGGACGGAUACACGGGUGGGGGCUGUGCUAGGCGGCUCGGCGGCAGGCUGGUGGAAGAUGUCGUCAGGAGCCGGUGGGAGGGGUGGAAGGCGGCUCAGGGGGACAGCAAGCAGCAGUGGUGGAGGAGGGAGAGGAGGGGCAGGAGAGGCAGAGGAAGGACCCGUCGGGAUCCCUUUCCCUGAGCACAGCGCAGACAUCCUGGGCAGCCUGAACAAGCAGCGGCUCAGCGGCCUGCUGUGUGAUGUGCUCCUGGUUACCGAGGAGAGGGAGUUCCCAGCUCACCGAUCCGUCCUGGCGUCCUGCAGCUCCUACUUCCACAAGCUCUUCACUUCAGGGGUCACUGCUGACCAACAGAACAUCUACAACAUCGACUUUGUGGUGGCGGAGGCUCUGGGAGCGUUGCUGGACUUUGUCUACACAGCUACAUUGACAGUCAGUCACAGCAGUGUUGCUGACAUCCUUGCUGCUGCACGCCUGCUGGAAAUCACACCUGUCCAGGACGUCUGUACACACCUGCUGGACACCAAAGUGCUCUCCCCGCCGGCGGGCAGUGAGCGAAGAGAUGAAGGUGAAGAUGAGGAGGGCAAGGGCAGAGGAGGCAGGGAGCAGGGAAACCGUGUGCGGGCCCAGGAGUACCUGGAGUACUUCCUGAAAGGGGCGCAAUGGAGCAGCAGCUGCAGCACGCCAGAGCUCAGGGACCUGCCCUCACACCUGCACUUUAACAACAGUAAUGGGGGGACCCCCAGCAAUGGGGCUCCUGCUGGACCUGGUGAGUACUACUCCCCCCUGGCCCUCGCCUUGGCCCAGGCCACCACACAGGAGCCAGAGGAAGAGGAUGAGGAAGAAGAGGAAGAUGAGGACGGGGAUACGGUGCAGGGGAACGGAGCAAGCCUAAGGUCAUCUUAUUACCCUCCAUCCCAAAAUGGUCACUUCUACCUCCCCCCUGAGUCCAGGCUGGGGCAGGAGACAGAGGUUGAGGAUGGAAGUAGGGAGGCGAUGGCGAUGGCGAGGGACAGGGGUUCUGCCAGUGCCCUCCUGCAGCAGAUGAUGGACUCCAUUGAGAGACAGAAGGAGCGUGCAACAACCGGGGAGGAACCGGGAGAUGGGGAUGACCCCGACAUGGAAUUUUACUUGAAUUAUUUUAACAGCACGCAGAAUGAGGAUCCAGCUUCUGCUGCUGUGACACAGGGAGUUCCGCCACUCUGGUUAUCACGGGGCAGAACAGGCCAAGACAGAGGAGGAGGAGGAGGAGGAGAGAGGGGGGUUAGUGAGAGAGGCAGUGGGGGUGGAGGAGGAGGAGGUGGAGGCGAGAGGAAGAUGCGCUCUAAGGCCUUCCAGAAAUGCCCCAUAUGCUCCAAGGUCAUUCAAGGAGCAGGCAAGCUACCCCGCCACAUCCGAACGCACACGGGAGAGAAACCUUAUGAAUGCGCCAUCUGCAAAGUGCGCUUUACCAGGCAGGACAAGCUCAAGGUUCAUAUGCGGAAGCAUACAGGAGAGAAGCCUUACCUGUGUACGCAAUGUGGAGCCGCCUUUGCUCACAACUACGACCUGAAGAACCACAUGCGUGUACACACCGGCCUGCGCCCCUAUCAGUGCUCAAGCUGCUUUAAGACAUUCGUUCGCUCGGAUCACCUGCACCGCCACCUCAAGAAGGACGGCUGCAACGGCAUCCCGUCUCGUCGAGGCCGAAAGCCUCGGGUGCGAGAGCCAGGGCUCCUUGAUGCUCCCCUGGGCCUGCUGAGCCCCGGCUCCGACACAGGCCCUGGGCCUCGUACCAUCAGGGGACGGCGUCGCUCGGAGGCAUCCUCAGCAGCAGAGAUGGAAGGGGCUGCUGAAGCCCAUGCACACAGUCCUCAACUGCAGGAGCAGGCAGGGGAGGCAAGGCCCUGAUACUGCAGGGGCGACAAGGACACUGCUGCACACCAUAGUCACUCUGCACCGCCUGUGAGACAGGCCAGUGAACAGAGAGGAGAAAAAAACACGCAAAGGCAAACUUUAAAAAAAAAUAAUAAUGAAACAACUAACUAUUCCUCUAUAAACCAAAUCAGGGUGUCACGAAAAAUCUAAUCUUUAUAUUUCUUUCUCCUUUUACAUUAGGAAAUGGAGUAGACUUGCAAGCACUUGAGUCGGUUUAUCUGUUAAAGAGCAAAGGACGCUUCAAAUCAUGCACCCAUGACGUCCACUUUCUGGGCCAUUUCUUUCUUUAUAAUAUUAAGGGUUUUGUACAUUGGCAUAUGUGCUUAGGCAAAUGUAUGAUAGCUAAAAAGAAACUCUGAGCAACUAUGCAGUUGAUUUAGAUUUUUAUUGGUUUUGUCCUCACAGCCUUCAAGCUCUAAGCAAGGUGUCUAUCAAGCACCUUCUGGCUGCUGUACGGGUGAAGCGAGGACAAAUCCUCCCAGUGAAAACAACUCUUUUUCUAUUCUUUUGCAGGUCUGAAAUGUACAGUUACCAUAGAAACACCAUUGUCACAAUAUGGCAUAUGCAAGGAAAGCUCACCACAAUUUUGAUGCAACAGUUUUUUCUCUCUAAAUGUUCCAGAAAGAAUCAGACAAGGGUUUGAUUGAAGUGUUACUUACUCUAUACAAAUGCAUUUUAAGAAUCUAUGGUUUGUCUUUUUGAAAAACAAAUUCAUAUUGAGUCAAAUCCACUUUAAUGGGGGCUCUUCAAUUGCAGGACUAGGGAAUAUGAGGGGUGGAGGGUUUGUGUUUUUAAAGCACUACCAUCGUCAAUGUAUCUGUUGGCUUGACUACGUUGCCUCUUAUCCCUCACAACCCUGCAAUUUCAGCAUUUCUGUUUUCCCUUCUUAGAUUUUGUCUUAAUUUUUCUUGUCGUUGUUCCUUUCUGUUGACUGCUUUGGGUACUUGACACUUUAUAAUUGUAUACAUGUAUAUACAGCAGGUGGUGAUAUGACAUUAGUCCCCUCUUAAUGUCGAGGUGUACUUACCAAUCGGGUUUUUCCUCUUAGGCUUGAUGUCAUAUUUCUCACAGAGUGAAGCUUGUGGGUGGUUGAAAAAACCUGUAUGAAUGUUUGAUGAAAAAAAACAAAAACAUUGAGUCACCCAUUUGUCCUAAACUUAAAACACUUGACUUGUAUAGUUCCUGCCCAAAGGAUGAGGAGGUCGAUUGAAUGAAUGUGCUUAACUUUGUGCAGUUUUUCGGAUUCUGUCCUUGUGUGACAAGGCGCGGGUAGCAUUUAACCAACCGCAGGUUAAAGGAAUGGCAGGGAGCCCGAGUGAGAGAAUGACAAAGAGUACGAAGAAGAGAUAGAUGAGCACCUUUUUUUUCUAUGUUUGCACAGCUUUACUAAAGAUAUCCAACAGAGCGAGAGCGAGAGAGAGCGAGAGAGGUAUAUUUAAAGGAAGU